UUUUUUUUUUUUUACAUCUGUACGAACACCACUCUGCCUGCGAGCAGCCGCUGUCACUGUGUGAGUCAGAUAGUUGUUAUUGAAGCAGCUCUAGAGAAGUUCCUCAGUCUGAGGUCCUGUGAACUUGCUGCAGUUGAAAAUGACUACACCUGUGCGAAUUGAGAAAGUCCUGAAAGAUCACCUGGAUGAUCUGAGUGAUAGGGAGCUGGGGAGAUUUCAGUGGUACUUGUCCCACAAUGAGAGAUUGGAUGGCCGGCCCAUCCUGAAAUCCCAGCUGGAGAACGCCACCAGAGAGGUAACUGUGGAUAUAAUGGUGCAGGUUUACGGGAAAGACGGUGCUGUGGAGACAACAGUGGACAUUCUGAUGAGGAUGACUCGUAAUGACCUUGCAAUAAGGUUAACUGCAGCCCAAAUAGGCCCAAACGUGGAACAGCAAUUACCUGAGAGAGAGACGCAGAGAGUUGCAGAUUGGACUGAGGAUCUUUCUUGUUCAGUUUGCCAUGAAAUGUUCACUGAGCCUGUGGCUCUGCAUUGUGGCCACAGCUUCUGUAGGACCUGCGUGCACAAAUAUUGGAGGAUGAAUGUCAUUCAGAAAUGCCCACUUUGUCAGAAAGUUACAGACACUGAACCUCAGACUAAUUUCACUCUGAAGAGUUUGAUCGAAAAAUACACACGAAGAACUCCGGUUGAUCCACCAGGAGGACACAGAAAUGCCUCAUUACAUCAGUCAUCUCAGACUCCUUCCAGGACCAUCAAAGAGAAGCGUGAAGCUUUUCAAAGGGUCAAACAAUUUUGUGAUUCAUCAGUUGAGCACAUUAAGAAUCAGAGACGCGACACAGAGAAGAAGAUUAUGGACGACUUUGAGAAGCUUCAUGGCUUCCUCAAGAUAGAGGAAGCAGCCAGAGUAGCGGCAUUAGAAGAAGAAGAGACUCAGAAGAUUGGUAUGAUGCAGAAGAUCACCGAGAUCAGUAGCGACACUUUCUUGGUCUCUGACACUGUAAAAGACAUGGAAGACUUAGGGGCUCGCUCGUUCUUACAGAACUUUAGGACUGAAAUGGAAAGAACUCAGAACGCACUGCCGGAUCCACGGCUACUUCCACAAGCGCUGAUAAAUGUGUCCAACCAUGUGGGAAACCUCCAGUUCAGAGUCUUGGAGAAGAUGUUAAGCAUUGUAAAACACACCCCUGUGGUUCUGGACCCCAACACUGCAUCUCCAUGUCUCUCUCUGUCUGAAGAUCUGACCAUGGUGACACUCACAGACACCCCGCAGCAGCUUCCUGGAAACCCAGAGCGCAUCACCACUUAUCCACAGGUCCUGGGCUGUGAGGGCUUUGACUCAGGAAAACACUCCUGGGAAGUGGCGGUAGGAAAUCAACCCAGAUGGAUACUGGGAGUCGCUGAAGAGGCCCAAGACAGGAAGGAGGAGAUGUGGUCGACUCUAUGUACUAUUGUGAAAAACAAGAAGAGGUAUACGGAUGUCAAGGGUAAUACCUUAAUACUACUGAAGAGACCCAAGAGGAUCAGAAUAGAGCUAGACUACGAAAACGGGAAAGUGUCAUUCCAUGACGUUGCUCACAACAAAUCCAUGCUGACCUAUGAGGAGAGAUUUACUCAGAAGCUGUAUCCAUAUUUUGCUUUUGUUGAAACUAAUGAUAAUGAGGGUUAUGACGAAGAUGAGGGGGUAAAAAGAAAGAAAAAGAAAGCAAAUAGCAGUGGAGGCCAGAUAGAGAUCUGUGAGUCAGAGGUUUCUCUCACAGUGACAUAGUUGCAGAAAAUGGCUGCUUCAGAUUCAGUAACAUAGGUCUACCGUACUGGUAGUAACACAUAUCAACUUACUGAUCACGUUGUCCAUCACCCUGUUAUGUUAUGGAUCAAGCAUUUAGCCACGCUGGUAGAUAAGUUAGAUUCCUGCUACUGACUAUGCUAGUAGUUUGUCUUUAGUGCUCAACUAAGAUGUUGAAAAUGAUAAACAUCAUACCUGCAUAAAAUAUUGCUUUGUUUGAAAAAUGCUUGUUUGCAUGCUGAUAUUAGCAUUCAGCUCACCGCCAACCUGCUGAUGCUGAUGCUAAUGUGCUGUUUUCUUAAUUCUCUUGUAUUUUGUCUAAUUGCAUGCGCUAUCUUAAGUUGUAGGGCGUUGAGGUCUCAGGGCCUCACAGAGCCGCCAGCAUGAUUGUAGACUCUUGUGGUGCCUUCAAAUGGCGUCGUGUUUACCAUGUUUACGAGAAGAGUCCACAUGAACACCCCCCUCUUGUGGUAUUCGCGACCUCGUCAGUGAAAAGUUUCUGAAAGCUCAGAGUUUACAAGUUGUGACGUGUUUGUUGACAGAAAUUGCAGAGGCCAUGGAAGAUAAUUUUUCGGAGCAUAAGUUAAUAUAUGUAACUUUAGUCGUAAAUUGUUUUUCUUCAUAAUUAUAUUAAUAGGUCUGAGGAAAAUGUUGAUAUUCCCAGCAGCCUCAUCUUUUCCCUCUGUCAUUAUGCCUUUGCAUUUCCUGCAUUAUGUUACCCACUUGCUAAA